AUGUCUAUGAACGCCCCUGACUUGGUCACAGUUGUCAGCCACCUCGCCCCUCGCACCGCCAAUAUGACACAGGUGGCAGAAAUGUGGAAGAACAUCCUGGUGAGGUUCUUCCCUAGUAACGGGUAUGCUCAGUUCCCCUUCCGAGACACCCACUACUACAUCAAUCUCGACCUGAACACUCAUGGUUAUUUGGGCCUAGGCUCCGUCGUGCGCACCCAGGGUUUUAACACGGGCGUCCACUUCCUCCAGGUCAAUUUCACGGCAGCCCCAGCCGACGGCUCCGCUUUCUCCUGGGAGAGUAACGAGCACUUUGAGACGCGGGAGCUCCGUCGUUCGCUGCAGAGUGUUCCUGACGACCAGAAGAGCGCCAUCUAUGGACUGAUUGCGAUUGGAACCUAUGUGCGCUUCUAMAAGUACAUGCCUGACGGUCAGUUUGCUCCUGUGACGUUUGUGGAUGGCAAGCAGACGCUGCAUAUCGGCGGUGAGCUGGCGGUCAUCCCGGAAUUUCUCGCCAGAGUCAAGGAAGAGUGGAUGUGA